GUGCUGUAUCAUUUACUCUGGACGCUUUCGAAACUACCCUUGUAAAAAGAAGAAUAAAGUAUGUAACGAGAACGACACAAUUAUCCAAAUUUCAUAAUAAAAUUAAUGUAUAUAUCAAUAUUAUAAUAUGGAUAAUGCCGAAAGGUGUCGUAUUUGUCUCAGUGAUAGUCAACACGGUUUAGUUUCGCUACAGAUGAAAGUUGUUGACAAUUUGUCUGUUGCUGAUUUAAUCACAUCAAUCAGUGCUGUAUUGAUAUCUGAUGAGGACUUACUUCCAAGAUGUUGUUGCGAGAUCUGUACCAACAAAUUACUUCAUGCAUAUGCCCUAGCAAAUCUUUGUCGAGAAACAGACAAGAAACUUCGAACAAUAUGCAAAGAUCGACAACUCGCUCUUGCAAAAGAAGACACGGUAAGAGAAGCUUCUCCAGAGAUGGAAGGACAAUCUUCAAACGAUAACAGCAUGGAUCAAGGAAAAUGUAACGAUGAUGAAACAGAAAUCGGUUUAACGGUAUGCUGUGCGUGUCGCACGGAUUUCGAAACAACAGAAGCCUUCACAGACCAUAUCUCCAAGGUUCACGAGCCGGAUCGAACAAGCGAUGAUUCAAAGAAACCAUACCAAUGCGACAUAUGUUUUAAGAGAUAUUUCAAGAAAACGUCGCUAAACCGACACAAGCGAAUGGGCGCAAUUGGUUCUAAGAUUGGUGCUCUAAUGAAUGAAGAAGACCCAACGGAUCAUCGAUGCUGUGGUUGUCGAAAGGAUUUUGCAUCAGCUGAUGACCUAAAAGAACAUUCAAGCUUGGAACAUAUUAAUGAACGUGUAGUCGAUGAUUUGAGACCAUACGAAUGCGACAUUUGUUUCAAACGGUACUCGAAGAAGGCAUCGCUGAGCAGGCAUUUUCGGGAGCGAUUGGUGGAGAAGCGGCCACGGCUGUUGCGGAGACUAGCUUCUAAUCAAUGUUGUGGCUGCCAUCAAAAGUUUUCUAGUGAGGAGCAGCUAAAUCGGCACUCUAAACAGAUACACGAGCCAGAUCGAAGGGAAGACAUAAAUGGUGUUAGACCAUUCGAAUGCGGCAUUUGCUUUAGUAGAUAUUUUUCUCAAGAAGCUUUCAACCGACACAGGACCUAUAUAUGCAUGGAUCAGCUCUAUAAAUGUCAACAUGAAAAGUGCGAUAAAAGUUUCGUCAAGAGGAUUAUGCUUCGAUUCCACGAGCGAAAAUUUCACAACGGUAUCCAGAGUGAUGUUAUCGGUCCCUACCAAUGUUCCCUCUGCGGGAAAACCUUUAUGCAACCAAGUUCAUUAACUAAUCACGAAAAAACACAUACCGAAAACAAGCGCUUCGAGUGCACUGUUUGCCGGAAAACUUUUUUCAGUAAAGGUAAUCUGCAAACACAUCUCAAGUUGCACGGAAAUCCGUACCAAGAGCGUGAACCGCGGUACGAAUGUCCGGUGUGCCGGUGCCGAUUCAAGACACCGAACUAUCUGGAAGUGCACUCUAGAAUUCACACAGGAGAAAAGCCUUACCAAUGUAGGCACUGUUCGAAGCACUUUGCUCAUGCAUCCGGUUACAAGCGACAUCUGUUGACGCAUAGCUCGCUGAAACCGUUCGUUUGCCAAUUCUGUGAUCGUGGUUUUUCUAAUCGGCCGAACAUGUUAAUUCACGAGAAGAGCCAUGGAACCGAAAGGAAUGUUAAAUGUGACAUUUGUGAGAAGUUUUUUGUUCAUGAACGGUAUAUGAAAAAGCAUCGUAAGCGCCAUUUUUGCUGAUGAUAUUUCUGACGAACAACAACAACGUGAUAGAUAAGCAAAUACAUUUUUUUUCGAAAGCA